CUAAAUGGCAAUUUAGCGGAAACGUCGUUACUCGCGUUUGUAUUUCGUCGGAAGCAAAAACAAAUAGUUGAGAGAGCGUAACCGACGUAUUUCAUAUUGAAAAGGGGUUCGUAAACGGUUAAAUGCAUUGUUUUAUUGGUGGUGCAAGCGUAAAGAUUGGUUGCCGUAGUUCAAGAAUUGGUUUAAAACCAUUGUUUUCCAAAGAUUUUGACCGUUCUUAAAGAUGGCGGACAGUAAAUUCGGUUGCUUUUGUACCCAGUGGUUGCUUCACAAUGAGUGUAACCGGGGACGCGGCUGUAUUUUCGUUCACGCUGAUUAUUCGGAUGUGAAUGUUUUCACUGAACCCAACGAACAUUUGGACUAUGUUAAGGGUAUUUACGAGCCAAACCGCUGUCGCAAAGGCAGAAAUAGACGAAACAACGCCAAGUCUAGACAAUAUUCAACAGCCCAAACACAAUAUGCCAAUAAUAACGGUGGCUGCAGCGGAAUCAAUAUGCCUUCUACGUCGUCACACAAUAGUGCCUCUUCAUCGUUAGCCAACGCUCCCAAGUCUGAAGAAUCGAUUCACACGGCCAGCUGCAGUACCGGAUCAAAAAAGAAAACGAAGAAUCAUAACAACGGAAACAUCUCCCAUACAGCAACAUCCGGCGCGUUAAAUAAAGACGCAUUAAAAAAAUCAUCCGAAGGGGAAUCUUCGCGGAAUUUAAUGAAUCUUAAAACGACCAUCAAUCUCGAAGAAUGGGUUAAAGCACCUGAAUUCAUUCCGAGAGGUUAUUCCAACACAGCUACAUUGAACAAUUUCUCGAAUUUAACCCUUGAUGAGGAUAAAAGCAAACGGAAGCUUUGCCCAUACGCUGAACGCGACGGGCUUUGCAAAUACCCACCGGGCGAAUGCACCUAUUUACAUGGAAUGCUUUGCGAAUUGUGUAGCCGCGCCGCUUUACACCCCUAUAAUGAAGAACAACGUAAACAACACACCCAAGAAUGCAUUAAACAACACGAACGCGACAUGGAACUAUCAUUCGCUAUCGCUCGGUCAAAAGAGAAAAUCUGCGGAAUUUGCUUCGAAACUAUCAUGCAAAAAACGGCGGUUGAACAACGUUUCGGGAUUUUACCAAAUUGUAACCACUGCUUUUGUCUAACUUGCAUUAGACGGUGGCGACAAGCUAAACAGUUCGAAAAUAAAAUCAUCAGAGCUUGUCCUGAAUGUCGCGUCACAUCCGAUUUUGUUUGUCCAAGUACAUAUUGGGUCGACACAAAAGAAGAAAAGGAAAAGGUUAUAGAAAACUACAAACAAGUACUAUCAAAAAAAGACUGUAAAUAUUUCAAGAAAGGUAACGGUAGUUGUCCUUUUGGAAACAAAUGCUUCUAUCUACAUGCAUUAAACGAUGGGUCCAAAGUUGACGUUGGACCACCACCAAGUCACAGAUCUAAUGAAUAUACUCCAGGAUUUAAUUUAAUUCAGCGGUUAUUAAUGUUGGGGUACUUGCGUGAUAAUCUAAGCAGUGAUUCGCUGGAAUUCGACGAUUUGCUUGGAUGGGUCGACUUGGAGAUGUUUUCGGAUACGGACGAUUCUGUAUUUUCAGAUUGCGAUUUCUCGCAUGAGUUCUACUAGCUCUGGGGGCCGCUACCGCCGCCGUCAUACGUGCUGCGGCUUAGCGUAUACGUCGUCGUCAUGUACUAGCAAUAACCUGUGUAUUUCUUUUGAGCCAUCGCAUUAUUACGAUACCUGUCCAUCCUGGAAAAGUAGUUUAAAUCCGCGUUUCGGUGCUUCUCCAUGGGAAUCUACGACCUGAGCAAAAAAAAAAAAAAUAAUUCAAGUAAUCUAGUUAAGAGUAAAAACAAAAAACUAGGGUUAGCGUUUUUUAUAUCGUUUCUUUUAGCUUGUAGUUGAGAUUAUUCCGAUAUUUUUCUUUAACGUUUAUGUCUGCUCUGCGAAGUAAAGCGUUUUGACGUUUGCUCUUUCGUUUCCGAUUUAUGUGAUAGACGCUUUAAAUUCUAAUAAUAAUUAGUGUUAAUAUUAAUUAUUAUUAUCAAUUGAUUUAAUACUAACUUCUUGCGGAUUGAUUCAAAAAAACAAAAAAAAACGUUGGUAAGGAAACUGGAAAA